GGCAAUGAGUGCAUCAUACAGAACCAUUAGGUCCAAUAAAGAGGUGGAUGUGCGAGCUAAGAGAUCGAAAUUCAAAAAUAAGAAGAAGAACUCGUCUACCUCGAAGAGUGCAACUGGACCUGUCGCGCAGUUGAUUUCUAUCAAACCAACAUAUUAUCAACAGUUCGAUGAAUUCAAUUUACGCUGGGCCAAUUCAGGUGCACCUAAGGCGAAAAUAAUCACUGCUCUCAAAAAACAAGAACUGCGUCUUUUCACCACUGUCCUGGAUCCUAAUCAUUGCUUACGCCACUCGCUGAAGCUUCUUACUCAGCAGGAAUUCUCUGAUAGCUCGUUGAAACUUCCGACCAGGAGUGUGAGACAAUUGUUUGUUCAGGAGUUUUUUGUAAUAGUUCAGCUAACAACCAGCUCGAGUUUAAUGCCACUUACAAAAAACAAUCAUGAUGAUGAUUCGGAAAGUGAAAUCGAGAUCCAUUUCCGGAAGUUUCUGGGCUCCGAUGAGAGGAGUUCCCUUUUGAAGAAGGUGAUCAAAUUGACGCCCGGGGAUAAUUUGGUGGAUGUUUACCAAUUGGGAUUCCAGUGGCAAAUAGGAGAAUCUGAUAGGAAUCGCAGUUCGUCUCUUAUAAGCAACGACCCAGCUGACCAAGUGGACCCCCUAAGCACAUUUCUCAUCGUCACAAAUCAGUCCGUUCAUGUUAUCUUCCAAGACAAAACGCCUGAACAAAUUGCACUUCGCUUUGGAUGCAACCAGAAACUAGAAGAUAUGAUUGACAUUUGCAUCGCUCUUCGCGUGAACAAUUUGAAGCCGAUUUGUAAUUUCCUAGCAGCUGAAAUGGUGAAGAGACGCAAUUAUGAUUACGCGUUGAGGGUUUUCGCGACUGCAGAUACACCUCUUUUCAUGCAAAUGGAUAUGUUUUGGGAACAUGGAGCUCUGGAUGCGACUUUCGACUAUUUUAGGCAGCUGUUUUUGGACGAUGAGUAUCCAGAAAAGGAGUCGAAAUUGUUCGCUGAAAUCAUAAUCAACUGCUACAUUCAACAGAUUGUCACCGUCUCAGCGAUCAAGGCCUCCGAAUACACGGCCGAACUCUCCGACAUCCUGCGCGACAAUUUCAACUACACAGAAGAAAUAGUUCUGCGGCUUCUGCUCGAAAAUGAAAUGUAUUCUCUUUUCGGCCAAGUGGCGUCACAACGUGGUCUCGUCGAUUUAAGUCUAAGCAUGCUGGCCAAUCAUGACGGCCUUUCGGUGUCUCAAGAAUGCGUUUCGGCUUUUGCGAUUAACGGACUAAUUGAAGACUAUUUGAAUUAUGACGACGGUCUGUUUCUGAAUCAGUUAACGCUGUCUUUGCUGCUCGAAGCUAUAGGAUCUAAUGUGAAGUUGGCUCUUGCGUGUAGAAAUCACGUGUUGGCUGGAAUGCACCAGGACGCGGUGUGUUAUUACGACUGUUUCAGAAUAGCGACAUUGUUCAACCCUAGCAGAGAGGACACGAUACUGGCUAUAGGAGAGCUAGCCAAGACUAACAAACAUUAUGUGGACUUGGAUGCGACUAUGAAUGAGAUGGCGACUGUGGAGGAGACACUCAUGUCUACUGCGGGUGGCGGGAUCAUGAGCGGAAGCCACCAGUCUAUCGACAAGGACAUGUGGCAGAAAAAGGUUCAAGCGGAUCUCAUAAAAGAUGCUUGUGGAGUCUUCAUCAAAGCACUCCUCAUGAUGCGACAGCUGAGACAGUCAUCGACAGAAGAGGGGUCAAGUGAGGUUGAGUUCAGAUCAGAGUACUUGCAUCAUGUGUCGCCUGCACUGGGCAAUGAAGAUUUCCUAGAUUCAGCUAAUGGGGCGAAAGGGAGACAGGCUUCCAGAUCGGCCACUCUGGAUUUUGUUGCGCCUGUUCAGAAACCGAUGAAACGAAGAUUGUGUGCGUCCUCGGACCAUCUGGGAGUGAUCACAGCUGGAGGCAAUCUGUACAUGAUGGGCAGCACAGCUUGUGGCAAACUAGGAGUGGGCGAACUAGUUAUGCAGACUGAAUACCACAAAGCUCUCUGCGUAGAGACACUGCAUAUGUUCAGUCUCAAGGUCAAGUCAAUCGCUUGUGGAGAUAUGCACACCGUGUGUCUGACCUCAAAUGGCGUGUACUCUUGGGGUUCGAACAAGUUCGGUCAGCUGGGUUUGGGAGAGGGCUUUGAUGACGUCACUAAGCCCAUGGCUGUACCACUGUUCAACCAGGAAAAGGCUGUGUUGAUAGCGUGUGGCGACUACCAUACCCUAGUGUGUACUCGAAGUCCUCGUAAGGUGUUCAGUUUUGGUUGGGGAGUGUAUGGCCAACUGGGAGUGGGUUCAUACACCAACUGUUUCAAACCCAAAGAGGCACGAGUGCCUCCGAAUACAACAGUGAUUAGUAUCCACGGGGGCAAAACACACAGCACCAUGUUGACCGAUAUGGGGCAUGUGUAUGCAUGGGGAAGCAAUAGAGCCGGACAACUGGGGAUAUUCGACGGAAACUUGAACAAAUCAACCGAACCACUUCUUGUCAAAUUCUUCAACGAAACAGCAUCAGUGCUACAGACGAAGGGUUUCGUCAACAUAAUAGCUACAGGCAGCGGGAGAAUUAUUAAAUUCGGCUGCGAUCCGAACAAGAUGCAGAUCUAUAUUUCGAGAGUGAAGGGCUCAAGGGGCAAUGCAAAUACGAAACCAGACACUUUGUACUCGGAGGAGUAUUUUAAAGCUCCGAGAGAGAUUGUGAUCAGUGCUAAUCUGCAGGAAGACCCAGUCGUCGACUUCAGUCUAGGAAACUGUCACAUCCUCUGCAUACUUGAAUCUGGCCAGGUGUUUGGAUGUGGUCGAAAUGAGAGCUGCCAACUAGCCUUGCCCAGUUCAGCAGUGGUCAAUGAGUCAUUCUCACAAUUACGUAAUGUGCCCCUCUGCAAAUACAUCACCGCUCUCAAAGACACUUCCAUUGCAAUCGGAGAGGACAACAAAUGCUACUUGUGGGGAAAAGUGCAUUCAGGAGUGGUUGAACCUAAUGGAGAUUCUGUUGAAGAGCUGCACAACGGGUUCUUUUGUAUCUCGGAUCCCGCUGUCAUCUCAGAGAUCCCUUGUGACGACUUCACGAAACGAGACGAAGCCGAUGUUCAACCACCUAUGCCAUUACCCAAAACAGACCACGCAUUCUUGACUAACUCAAUCUCGCGAGCCGAUUGGUCAAUUGAGUCGAUUACGACUGUUCAAACUAAUUGGGGAAAUUCGAAUCCUCUCACUAGACUAGCAGCUCUUCCAGAAUUAGCAGAGGUUGUUGAGAUUGAUGGCUGGAGAUUCGGUACCAAUGCAAUUUUCAGAAGUAUUGACGUCCUGAAGAACUUCUACCGGUUCAGCGAUGUCCUAAGAAUGGGAAUCAAGCAUAGUUUUUGGGCUUUCUGUCGGAAUUUGUGCGCUUUACAUGGCUAUUACGUACGAGCUUUCAUAUACGACCUGAAUGAUUUAGAAACUGAGAUUGACUCUGAAUCCAUCACUGACAACAACACAGCAGUCUCCUCAUCCUCUCAGUCGAAAUUGCCUGCGCAAGUGGUGGAUGGGUUCUACAGUGGUUUUCAGACUGCUCUGGACAACGUGACGGAACUGAUGAGAGAAGACAGAUUCAAUGCGUGGAGGGGACUAUUCACUGCUGCUCUAUCUUUUGUCAAGAAGUGGAACAUACCCACUGAUAGAAUGGAAGACAUGCUCAACUCUUACGUGGACAAACUGGAGUUUGCAGGCGCCUUCCACGCAGUUAUUUUCCACAUGCUGGUGGAGCAGAAAGACAACAUCAAUAUUAGCCAAUCAGAAGCAGAGGAAACUGAUUCUGGCAGAGAAGUCUCCUCAGACUACAUUUGUUCGCUGCUGUCUCCCUCGUUCCUGUUGAACACAAUAGAGUCCACCUUCGCUCUCAGACACGAGGUGCUCAAGGGAUUGGACCAUGGCAGCUCCAUCAAGAACUGGUCUAUGAAGAAAAGCAACGAGCUGUCCAAAUUUGUCAGGGAACUCCACGAGGACGAUGUACGGAAACAACGAAUAGCCAAAGAGACUGAGAGUCCAGUUGCAUCUGUCCAAAUAUCAUCACAAGCACUGAUAAAUGCAGUUGAGGGUUCACUUACAGUUACUAUAUUCAGCUGCGGACACAUUUCUAAAAACCCACUUGAAGAAAUAUGCAGUUUAUGUAAAUAAAUUAGAUAAUAUAGAAAAUGUACUUUUAUUGAUUUUAUUUUGGCUUCUUUUCAUUCUCUUUUUGUCCCUAUUGAUUUUUUAUUGCUUGCAGGCUAAAACAAAU